GUGUAUUGAAUUCUAUUUGUGAUUUAGUUCGACGUUUUUUUCUGUAAUUUCAAUAUAUGUUGACGUUAAAGGACAGGCAAUGAAUAACUUUAUGUUAACAUAAUGACAAUAUCAGUGAAGGAACAAGAACAAAUACCUGGGGAGAUGGUAUUCCCUGAGGCUAAAUUGAAAGCGUUAGAGGAGAAAAUAUCACAUUCUCGAUGGGUGGUACCAGUAUUGCCAGAACAAGAAUUGGAAGCCCUUCUUAUUGCUGCUACGGAUCUAGCAACUAAAGGCGAAGAUGUAAACCACAUAAUCUGCCAACGAUUCUAUAAUAAUGCUCUCGCAGUAUCAUUUACUAAGAUCCUAACUGAUGAUGCUGUGUCAUCAUGGAAGAACAACAUCCAGCAAUGUGUGAGGUCCAACUGCGAGAAACUCGUGAAACUGUGUGCAAUGAAAUUGGAUGAUCCAAGAUUUUUGCAUUUAUUAUCUAUGGCUUUCAAUCCUAAUAAUAAAUUUCAUACUUUCAAUGCAUCCCGGACUUGUGAGGGUCUAUCAGUAACAAGUAAUUCUUCAACGUCUAUUAGUCAAGGGUCCACUCAAGAACUUGAAAUGUUUGCUAAAUCACAGGAUCACAGGACACCCAAAGGAUGGCUGGUCCAUCUAAUUAAUGUAUUUGGACAAAAUGGUGGUUUCAUAAGGCUAAGGGAGCGAUUUGAAAUCAUAAUGGGUUUUCAAAAGCCUGAUUUAACAUUAUCUAUUAAUUCAGAAGAAAAAAUAUCAACAGAGAUUACAGAAAAAGAAAUAGAUGAAACAAAAGUUAACAAAACAGACAACACUGAAGUACCAGCAAUGAUUUCUGAAAGUAGUGACAUUUCAACACCAUCAUCACAUAAUGAACAGCCAUCGUCAUUAGAACAGUCUAUAAAUGGGGAGACUAGAGUGGCUUCUGUGUGGCAAUUAUUGAGACCUCUAGGCCUAUGUCACGAUCUGUUGACUCCGCACACCGUUACCACAUAUCUACUGCCAGUACUAGAAUGUAUACCAACUCUACUAGAAAGUUUAACUGAUGAGGAGCUGAAGAGGGAAGCUCGUGGCAGUGAAAAUAAGACAGACACUGUCUCUUGUUUGAUACGUGCCUGUAAAUAUGUUUCAGCUAAAACACCACAACCUCAUAGUCUUCUUAAAUCACUUGAAAUGUUUCGACUAAAAAUGAUUUUACGACUGCUACAAAUGUCGUCAUUUAACGGCAAAAUGUCCGCAUUGAAUGAGAUAAAUCAACUUAUCAGUACGAUCUCUCAACAGCCGAAACCAGAGUGGCUUACACCAGCAGUUAUGACUAAUUGGAUUCGUGAUAAUAAAGUUGUUGACAUUGUUUUACGAGACUCUCUACAUCAGCCUCAGUAUGUGGACAGGUUGGAGAAAAUGCUUAGGUUUAUGAUAAAAGAAAACUCGCUCACUAGGGAUGACUUGGAUGCAAUAUGGAAAGCCCAACAUGGGAAACAUGAGGCCAUUGUGAAAAAUCUGCAUGACUUGCUGGCUAAACUUGCAUGGGACUUCACUCCUGAUCAACUUGACCAUCUUUUUGAUUGUUUCAAGGCCAGUUGGGCUACAUCUAGUAAGAAACAAAGUGACAAAUUGUUAGAAGUCAUAAGACGAUUGGCAGAAGAUGACAAAGAUGGUGUAAUGGCAAAUAAGGUACUGAUUCUUUUUUGGAAUUUAGCACAUUCAGAUGAAGUCUGCACCGAGAUUAUGGAUGUUGCCGUAGCUAACCUUAUCAAAAUAUUAGACUAUAGCUGUAGUCAAGAUCGUGAUGCUCAAAAGACUCUGUGGUUAGACAAGUGUGUAGAAGAAUUAAAAACAAACGAAAAGUGGGUGUUGCCAGCAUUGAAGGUGAUGCGUGACAUUUGUUGCCUGUACGAGGCGGGCGGCGGUACAGGCGUACGACCUCACGUCACCCGCCAGGAGCUCAUAGACCGUCUGCAGACGCAACACUCACUCGUCAUACUUGUCACCGAUUCCCUUACACACUACAUGGACGGUGUUCGAAACAAAUUAGCCGAUGAGAAAGAAAUAGAUUGGGAAAACUGGUUACCGGAUGGCAGGUAUCCACAUUCAGCUCAAGUUCAUGAAAGACUAAGCUUUCUUAGAUUUCUGUUAAAAGACGGACAACUGUGGCUCUGUGCGGAACAAGCAAAACAAAUAUGGGUAUGUCUAGCAGAGAUGCCGGCGCACCUGGGAGACCGGGAGGCUUGCUUUCGUUGGUUCAGCAAGUUAAUGGGUGAUGAACCAGACUUAGAUCCCAAUAUCAAUCUAAAUUUUUUUCGACGCAAUAUCAUGACAUUAGCUCCAAAUUUAUUAACUCAUGCGGGAAUCAAGUGCUUUGAAAGGUUCUUCAAAGCUGUUAACUCCAAAGAAGGCAAGCUUAAAAUUAAACGAAGAAGUUUUUUAAUUAAUGACGCUGAUCUCAUAGGUUUAGAUUAUUUAUGGAGGGUGAUAACGGACUGCUCGGACGAUAUAUCGGCUCGCGGCAUAGAGUUGCUGCGCGAGGUGUGCACGUGCGUGGGACCGGCGCUGUCUGCUGCGCUGCACCACGAGGCCUUCCUCACGCACUGCUGCGCGCGCCUGCAGCGCAUGCAGAAGGACAUGGACCUUCUUGCAGAUCCCACAGAGAGUUGUACAAGAAUGUGUAGAGUGAUUCGUGCCAUACAGGAAUACGUAAACGAAUGUGAUAGAAGGUUUUCAGCUGAUAGACAGAUACUGCCUAUGUACAGGUCGGGGCGGGGACGGCAGUGUACCAUUAUAGUCAGAUUUAAUUUCCAAACGGGCCAAAGACAAAUUGAUGAUAUUGAACUGAUUUCACACUCAAAUGAGACACUGCAUUCCUUACGUUCAGGGAUUCAAAGAAGACUUAAAUGUUCACCGGAUAGUAACAUAAAAUUAUAUGUAAAUAAGUUAGAAUUAUAUAUAAACGGAGAGUUGUUAGAUUCAAGUCAUGAUCGUAAAAUUCUAUCGCAAAUACCUCUACGGGAUAAAACUGUAAUCGUUGCUAAGGUAUAUGAUGGCCCAGUCUGUGGAAGUGGAGGGUGUGGGUCUUCAAAUGAGUCGAGCAGUGACUCUAGUACGUCGUCACCACCUCUGCCAUCGACUCCAGAACACGCACUACCUGGUGUACUUUUUGCACAAGGGUCAUGGUAUUUAUCAUUCAUUUUAGAACUGGAACAUAUUGGUAUAACGAAAGGACACAUACCGUUGACAGAGGCCGCGCAUUUACUGUCUCAAAUUUGUCCAGCACAUAAACAAACCGUAGAAAAAUUGACAGAAGCUUUACUAUGUCGUGACGAAUCAAAACUGAGGGACAUGCUGUAUGGUCCGUCUCCACCGACUGUUGCAUAUAAUAUACAGGUAUUAUAUAGUAUGAUAAUGUCAUCAAACGACACAAAACUGGAUCGUAGUCGCAGUUAUCAGCUAGCUUGUGUAAAAAAGGCUCCACUUCUGGUCCAAUGUUUAUCUGACAAUGAAUUUCUCCAAGAUGCAGCACCUCAUACCAGAAGAGUUGGUUAUUUGGCUUUAGUGAGAUUGGCUAAACUGACUUUGUAUACAUUAGGACAUUUAUUUGAAAUAUUAGCUCCAGAUGGUACAGACACAACUGUCGACAAAGACUUUAGGAUGGAUGUUAGUAUUUUGAGAGAGGCAUUACAGACUGUUCCUAAUCAUAGCUGUGAAUUAAUAGUAAAAGCACUAGCCGAGAAGUUGGCAAGCACACUGGGCGAACAAGUGGUGGCGAGCGGCGAGGAGGGCGAGUCUGUGUCGUCGCUGGUGUGGUGGCGCAUCCCCACCGCGGCCACGGUGCGGGCGCUGUACGCACUCGCCUACACCGUCGCGCACCCCGCACACCCCGCGCACCCCGCCCAUCCCGCACACCCGGACCUCAUGGUGCAUCCCGACGAUGUCACACUGGUUCGAGAAUGUAUGGAAGUAGUCACCAUUUGCAUGGCCCUCGGUGGACUUCAGUUGGAGACACUACUCCAUGAAAGUUGGUGGCAAGAUACCGCACUUUAUUUGAUGAUUGAUUGUCCUAAUCCACAAGUGCGCGUGUCGUGCGCGGAGCAGCUGCUGGCGGCGUGCGCGUGGGGCGGCGGCGGCGGGGCGCGCGCGGCGCUGGGCGCGCUGGCGGCGCUGGCGGCGGCCCCGCGGCUGCAGCGGCACGCCGCGCACGCCGCGCAGUUCCUGCAGCUGCUGUGCCGGCUCGUCGCGCUCGCAGGGCCCACCGCGCGCACACUAGACGACCUCGUCUUCGAGGUUUCAUGGUUACGAGCUGUCCGUGUUAAACCGGAGACUCUUGAUGAUACUCUUCUUGAAGGUCAUCUUAAUCUUACCAAAGAAUUGUUCAACCACGUGCCAGCGCAGAUCAAGUACCAAUACGGAGCGCACCCUGACCAUAAGGAUUCUGGCUUGAUAAAGGAGGUGACGACCGAGUUCCUGUGGCCGUACUCGUGGGCGUGGAGCCGCGCGGGCGAGGCCGGGCCGGGCGGCGAGGGCGCGGGGGAGGGCGCGGGGGAGGGCGCGGAGGAGGGCGCGGCGGGGCGCGCGGAGCCGGCCGCGCCGCUGUGCCGCACCGCGGGCGCCGCCGCCGCCGCCGCCGACCUGCUGCUCGCGCUCGUGCACGGCUGCGUGCCCAACAUGGCCGCGCUCGCAGCCCUGCUCGGACAGAUGUUCUACGGCGAGAAGAGCAUACCGCUAUCGGAGUGGGAAUACAUGCCGUGCGUGGGUCCGCGUCCGCCGGCCGGGCUUGUGGGGCUCAAGAAUGCCGGAGCCACCUGCUACAUGAACUCCGUGCUACAACAGCUGUAUUGCGUGCGGGCCGUACGAGACUCCUUACUCGCUGUACAAGGAGCCGCUACAGAUCCCAAUGAGGAUUUUUCCGGCGAAAGUCAAUAUCACAAUAUUGUAGAAAAUAACAUUGAGAAUAAUAGCGAUUACAACAUCACCAUUUUAAAACAAGUUCAAGCUAUAUUUGCACAUUUACACUAUAGUAAGCUGCAGUACUAUGUUCCCAGAGGUUUAUGGGCCCAUUUUAAGCUUCAGGGUGAGCCAGUUAACUUGCGCGAGCAGCAGGACGCAGUAGAAUUUUUUAUGUCGCUCGUCGAGUCUUUAGAUGAAGCAUUGAAAUCAUUGGGCCAAGAACAGCUUAUGGCCAAAACAAUGGGAGGCACAUACUCAGAUCAAAAAAUCUGUAAAGGCUGUCCUCAUAGGUACUGUAAGGAAGAACCAUUUAGUGUUGUAUCACUCGACAUCAGAAACAUGUCACGACUGCAGGAAUCCUUGGAAGCAUAUGUUCGUGGAGAGUUAUUAGAAGGAGCCGACGCAUAUCAUUGUGAUAAGUGCAACAAAAAGGUGGUGACUGUAAAACGACUAUGUUUAAACAAAUUACCUCCAGUAUUAGUUAUACAACUCAAAAGAUUUGAGUAUGAUUUUGAAAAAGUAUGUGCAAUUAAGUUCAAUGAUUACUUUGAAUUUCCACGAGAAUUGGACGUCGAGCCGUAUACAGCGUGGGGCCUUGCGCGGGCCGAGGGUGACGUGUCUCUGUGGGACGGCACGGGCGCCGCGCCCGAGACACACUACCGUCUCAGCGGCAUCGUCGUACACUCGGGCCAGGCCUCCGGCGGACACUACUAUUCCUACGUGUUACUCAGGGACAAUGGUAGCGAAACAGGCCGCUGGGUGAAACUGGACGACGGUGACGUGUCAGAGUGCGCGAUGCACGACGAUGAAGAAAUGAAAGCGCAAUGUUUUGGCGGGGAGUAUAUGGGCGAGGUAUUUGAUCAAAUGCUCAAGAGAGUAUACAAACGUCAGAAAAGGUGGUGGAAUGCUUAUAUGUUGUUUUAUACAAGAAUAGAUACAAUAGAGACACCAAGUCUUGAACAAUCCAUGAAGAAUUUGAAUUUGAAGGAAAGUGAAAUACCUCGACCAAUCUGGCUUUCAGUUCAUCGAAGUAAUAUAGCAUUCUCACAUAAUCAGGACCAAUUUAGUCUUGAGCAUUUCAAUUUUAUGAAAAAACUGUGUUACAUGCGUUUGCAAAUGGUGCCAGGUUCACAGAGCGCAGUUUGGAGUCCAGAACAAGAAGAAAUGUCAAUGUUAGCAGUGCAAUUGGCAAGCAAAUUUUUAUUUCAAGUUGGUUUACACUCGAAAAAAGCAUUACGAGGACCUGCGGCGGAUUGGCAUGACAUUUUGUGCCAACAUCUUAGAUGUUCGCAGUCUGUGAGGGCGUGGUUUGCAACUGAUCUGUUUAGACAUUCUCAUAGACUAUGUGAUUACCUACUUACAUGCCCUUCUGCUGAAGUACGGUUAGUUUUCAUGAAGAUAAUAGUGUUCUUGGCUGACUUCUCAGUUCAAGACCCGCCAGUGAGCAGCGGGUACGGCGCGUGGUGCUCGCGCGAGGAGGCGACGUCGCUGUCGGACCAGGUGCUGUGCAGCGUGCGCGCGCUGGUCACGCCCGACGCGCACCACCACCGCCACCUGCCGCUGCUGUUCAACCUCUUCCACACCUACUCCAUGCUCGGCCUCGCAGAGAAGCACCAGCUACUCAGGUUAAAAAUAUUGGACGUAGUAUUAACACUGUGCAUGGACGAUGCAGCAUCUUCACUGGGAAAAUACCAGUAUCCAGAAUCUGCUAAAAUACAUCAAGUGGUGUCUGUGCUGGCGCGGUGCUGCGACGUGGGCGCGCGCUGCCACUCGGCGGGCGCGGCCGACGGCGGCGUGCCGCUGCCCAACCCGCAAGCUGAACCGCCCGCCGCCGCCGCCGCCGCCUCCGUUUCCGCCCCCGCCUCUGCUUCCGCGCCCACGCGGCCUCCGCUCUCGCCCGUCGCCGCAGACAUAUUCUACAACAAGACAGGGGCUUACAUGAAAAAGCUGACAGAAGACUGCUGCGGUUGCGAGGAGGGUAUACGGUUGCUUCAAUUCCUGUGCUGGGAGCACGCCGGCUGGUCGCGUAUAGCGCUGGCCGAGCUGCUGUGGCAGAUGGCAUACGCGUAUUGCCACGAGUUGCGCCGGCACGCUGACGCCCUGGCUGCCCUACUGCUCAUGGAGGAUAGCUGGCAGCAUCAUCGUAUACACAACGUUAUUAAGGGCGUGUCGGAGGAGCGGCCGGGUCUGCUGGAGACGGCGUCGCGCGCACGCGUUCACUACCAGAAGCGCGCGUACUCGUGCGUCAAGCUCGUGGUGAGCGUGAUGGCGCGCGCGCCCGUCGCCGUGCGUGCGGUGCGCUCGCAGCCCGACGCGCGCCGACGAUGGCGUCAGCUGCUGCUCUGGCUGCAAGAGGAGCUCGACCGCAAGUACGGGCCCGGUGGUUAUGGGUCAUACGGUACAUGGUCACCGCCCGGCACUUCCAACGAAACGUCUAGCGGCUACUUUCUCGAACGUAGCAACUCUGCUCGUAAAACUCUAGAAAAAGCUUAUCAGCUAUGUCCGGAGGAAGAGGACGACGAGGAGGACGCUCGAGAGACGACGGAAGGCUCGGCGUCGGGUGAAGCCGGCGACGACAGCGGCGACGACGACGACGCCGUCGACGAGGACGAGCCGCCCGUGCGACGCCUACAGCUGGCGGCGCCCGCCGCCGCGCCCGUGCGUUCGUGGGAAUCGCCGAGCCGACGCUUAGCCGUAGUUUUGUUCUGUGAUGUUAAGAAUAGGCGAGUUCGUGUGGAGGUCGUCGCACGUCGCGCCGUCCGCGCCGCGUCACUGUGA